GUAUUCCGUUUCGCUCUGCUCAACAUUGCUUCAUCUUUGGUGUAACAAAAAAUGGAAGGAAAAAACCUUAUUUGUAGCGAAAGUACUUUAUCUAUGGAGAUACCAGAGGAUAUAGUAGAAGAUAUUCUUCAUCGCAUUCCAGCAGAGUAUCUGGUAAGAUGGAAAACAGUGUCGAAAGGAUGGAAAUCAUUGAUCGAAUCCGGACAUCUAGCAGAGAAACACCUCGGUCGCCAUCAGAAACUGUAUGGAGCUGAAGAGUUUAAAAUCACUUAUGAAGGGUCCAACUCGAGAGGCUUCGUUGCCGAGCUUUUCACAAAAUACGAGGGACUGAGACCGAACAACAGGGACUCAGAAUCAGAAAAUCGUCCUAGAGUUUCUGGGUCUUGUAAUGGUUUGGUCUGCGUUUACGAUUUAGUCUACGUUAAUCUUUUCAAUCCUGUGACAGGUGUGAUCCGGAAACUUGCUCCUCCUCGAGGUACCAUACUUUCAUUGGGAUUCGGGAGAGAUAUUGUAACAGGAGCAUACAAAGUGGUGGCUGCGUAUAGGCUAGAUGAUGAUAGAGUGGAGAUUAUGGUUUUCGACCUGAGCACCAGCAAGUGGAGGAGGAGAUACAAAACCGCUGGUCCAGUGCCUCUUUCUUUCACUCUAAUUAACCCUAACAGAAACCCAGUCUUUGUAAACGACUCACUCUUCUGGUUGUGUUCACGUGGCCAUUUGGAUAUACUAGUCAUGAGUCUUCACACUGAAAAUUUUCGUACUGUAUCGCAACCUAAGGACAUUGAUGUGUCGUCGGAUCUCAUUUACAUGUGGAGCCGCGAGGACCGUCUAUGUGUUUCUGAUUUAAGACUUUGCAAGGACUCCGAUGUGUGGCUUCUAGUGCAGGACGAGGUUACAAGGAGGUGGGAGAGAACUAGAUUUGCUUUGGUCGAUACUGUUAUUCCUCCAUAUAAGUUGCAUUCGGCUUGGUUUUCACCGACCUUGGUUUCUCCUUACCAGUCGUAGACAGACUCUUGUACAUUAAUUAACUCUUUGCUCUUUCUGACAUAUUUUUUUUCUAUAUCAACUAGAGAUUUUCCCGGACUACGCCCGGAUUAUUUUCCAUAUAUUUUAAUUAAAUUUAAAUUACUUUCUAAUUGGUAUCCGAGUAUAUAUACUAUAAUAAACUCACAUUAUUGAUUGCUACAUUUUAUUAAUUUACUAAUGUCCGAAACCUUUAAUAACAUAAGAUGGUGUUAGAUUUAUAUGAGCCACCGAACUUCUAAUGCCAAACCAAAAUAAUGAAAUGGUAAUAUUCUUUACAUCGGAGUAUAGGGAUGUUAAAAUGGGAAAACCCACCCUAUUUAAGAUUCACCACAAUCAAAACUAUGUCGUUAGAUUAAUUCUAAAAUAGAUCUAUUAGAAGUUUUCAUUUAGACCCUCAAAUAUUACAUUGACUCAUUUAACUUGUUUCGACCAAUUUAAAAUGAUAUAUGAUCUUCUGCUUUUAAUAUUUAUUUUUGAUGUAAGACUAUUUGGAAGAAAAAUUAUUUUUAAAAAUAUUAUGAAAAUAUUUCAAGAUUGAUUAUGGAAAAUGAGGUUUUAGUUUUUUUUUUAAAACCUCAAAGUCAAUUUUUUCGGCAAACCCGUAAAAUUGAAAUUUCUCUCUAAACCGCAAAUCGGAUUUCCCUCUAAAAAAACUGCAAAUUGUGUUUUCUCGAUAAAAUCAAAAAAUUGAAAUUUACCGCCAAAAUCAGAAAAUUGAAAUUUACCGCCAAAAUCACAAAAUUGACUUUUUCUCGUAAAACCGCAAGAGCAAAAUUUCUCACCAAAAUCACAAAAUUAAAACUUCCGCAAAAGCCGUGAAAUUGAAUCUUCCUGCCAAAACCGUAAACACAAAAUCUCCUGCCCGCUAAAACAGAAAAUUUAAUUUUUUCCGCCAAAACCGCAAAAUCGAAUAUUUUUACCAAAACCAAGAAAAUCAAUUUUUUCCGUCAAAACCACGAAAUCAUUUUUUCCACCACAAAAAGCAAAUUUCCAGCCAAAACCGGAAAUCGAAUUUUCGUGUGAAAACUUUGAAACUGAAUUUUUUCGCCAAAACCGCAAAACUGAUUUUCGCUAAAAUCGUAAAAUUGAAUUUUCUCGCUAAAAAUAAGAAUUGCGUUUUCCUGCAAAACCCACAAUAUCUUGGAUUUUCCGCUAAAACCAAAUGAAUUUUCUGCUAAAACCGCAAAAUCUGAUUGUUCAGUUAAAUCCGCAAAAUCGGAUUGUUCCGGUAAAACUGCAAAAUUAGAUUUUCUCACUAAAACCACAAUAUUAAUUUUUACGUCAUAUACAUGAAAUCAUAUUUCCCCAUCCAAGCAGAAAAGUUCUGUUUUUUGUCGUGCAUAUACUUUUCGUUCAUGUUGUCAACGUUUUUUCGUUUUCUUAGCUUAGGAAAAAGUCUUAGGGGAAGGGAAGAAGUUUGGAUGGUAAUUUCAUGAUAUGUUUUUGCCUUUUGCUAUAAAAGUAUAGCUUUUGGUGUGGAAUAUUUAUGUUGUUCAUAUUUAAUUAUGAUGAAAUUAAUCUAUUUUUAGAUGACUUGAUCAGCUUAGAGAAAACUAAAUUUUUAUUUUUGAUCAUGAAAAACUAACUUUUGUAUUUUUGCUCUUUUCUUGUAUGUAAGCCUUCUCUACAAUCAGUAAUUUAAGUCACUUUUAAAGUUAAUUUAAAUUUUGAAAUGCACUGAUUUACAAUAUGCUGUAACAAAUAUUUAUUUUCUAUAGGUUUCAUUUGUUUCACAUAUCACCACUUUUAAAAUGAUGUAACAUCACAAUACUGUAACUGUGAUAUAGAUAGAUAAAUUAAAUUAUUUAAUUUGCAAGAUUAUUUUCUUACUAAACUGUUAAACGGAUGGUAGUUUGUCAUAUGCGUGACUUGCUUACUUGAAAAAAAAAAGAUGCAAAGAAUACGCCAAAACAAAAGUAUUGUUUCAACUUGGCAUAACUAUCAUCAAAACUGACACUAAUCACUUUCUUUUAUUUGGCUCAACCUUCCUAUUUUUUUAUUUACCGAAUAGUUUUACACACUAUCAUCUCCACUAAGACAUUUAACCAACUUGGCAACAAAAUACAAUAUAGGGGCAUUAUUCUCAAAAGAGAUAUUCCUUUGCAAUUUUGUCUGCCACUCUAUUCCCGUCUCUAGCUUGAAGGCUACCUUGUGAUCUCCUAUCUUCAAGAGCAUGAGUUGAAUAUCUUGGAUAUGGGCGUUGAGAGAAGGCUGUGGUUCCUCUUCUUGUAAAGCUUCCACAGGAUCCUUGGAAUCAAUUUCAUAAAUCACUUCACAAAACUGAACCUUACAACCUUAAAUCUCUUGGAAGAUCACUUUCUAUUUUCUCUUGGCAUAUUUGAUUAAAGUCCACUUUAAGACGUCUUCUUAAAAAAUAAACACAAAUACAUCACGAAUGCUUUCUUUAUGUGCAAAACCAAUUGCUGUAUCACUAAAAUCUGUUGAUCAUUCCACACUGCAAAUAAUGUAAAUAUUUCGGUCCACCAUCACGUGCUGUAAGAACUAAAAAAAGGAAUAAGGCGUUGGUAACAUGUUCAUAUUCAAUUCUAAAAAAAAAUGUUCAUGUUUAAAGAUUUGUCUGCUCUUGUUUCACACAAGACAGAAACAAAUUUAUAUGAUCAUGUAAUCGGAGAAACAUAUUGCAUAGGAUAAAAGAUGUUCCAGAUCAGGAAAUACAUAACUUGGUUGUGGCUUUUGCUUCCUCAAACAUCACUCUGUUCUCAUUGCUAACUUAUAAGGCAUAACAUGCAAGUCAACAGAGAUAUAAGAAAAAAUGUUACCGAUUUGCCGGUAAUUUUGAAGAUUCAAAUAGAAAAGUAAGAAAGGUUACCAGCAGGAGCUGCUGUUUCAGGCUCCUUGAAUUCGACAAUAACACACUUGGACAUCAAGGAUACUUUAGCUAUGGCUGACGCAUGCUCUAAGAGACAUCUCACAACCUUAAGAAAAACACUCUAUUAGCAUGCAGAACAGAGUACUUCAAUCUUCAAAGAAGCUUUUUAUGCUGCCCCCAGUUUUAGAUCCGAAACCCUUGUAUAAUCGAUCCACUUGCCUGCAAACUACCAGUUCAAGUCGUCUAGAGACCUAUCCAGAUAGUCAUAGAUACCAAAGGAGAGAAAAACCUGAUACAAUUCUGGUCUUGUGAGAUUUAGAGAAGUAGACCAAAAUUAAGUAUGUAAUCCCAUGUCUUCAUGAGAAGAGAAAAUUUAUAUGUGAUUGAUAGGCAAAGCAAAAAAAAAAAAUUAACUUGACAACACACAAUAUAUAAAAUAGAGCCAAUAAGAGAAACUUACUUGCAAGGGUCAGCUCCCGAGUGUAUUCUCAAACAAUGGAGGAAAACAUCUGAAUUUGGUAAAAAGAACCUGAAAGAACAUAGCAAAGUGAGCAGCACACAUCAGAACAUUUCAAUCUAAACCAGUUCUGACAGGCUCUACACACAAUAACAAUAAAAAAAUAAAAGAUCUUCCACACAUUGAUAACCUAAAUGAUCUCGGUCUCAUAAAAUCAAACUCUGGCGAGACUGACCAUCAAUAUUUUUUCCUCCUCAAACAAAAUAUGGAAAGUGAAAUGGAAUCAAAGCAGAGUUUAAAGAGUACAUACUUUAAGCUGACAAUAGAUCACUACAGCUAUUGUAAUCUUUCCACAAAAACAUUGACUUGAAUCUCUCCAACUGCUGCAAAAAUUCUAUGAAAAGACUAAGCAAGAGAAAGUAAAAGCAUGUGAAUGUUGAUCCGCCAAGCCAGGGGAUACUUCAUUGAAGAACUGAGUCAUUGGAGCCUUUCUGGUGGAUUAAGCCGCUUUGGUUGCCAUUGCUUGAUGUGCUUACUUGGUUUUUCGUUAGAUUUAUACAGGAGAAGAAUCAGCGGAAGAUGAAAUGAAAAAAUAAAUGAAAGAGUAAAGACAUGAUUGAUUGAUGAAGUAAGUGUGGCGGCACGGCGAUUACAGAGGAACGGAUCAGUGAAGACGAAGCGCAACAGGCGGAGUUCGAAGACGCUCCCGACUGAGCAUAGAUUUAGUCGUGGUUUUGGAUUCUGGGCUAUAGCCAAAUUUUGAAGCCCACAGAAAAGGCCUAUUUUCACCCGUUAUCCUCAAAAGCGGUGUUGACAUGGCGAUUAUAAGCUCUCUGAUUGGUCUGAAUUUUCAAUCUGAUGUGGACAUGCUUAGAUGGCUUAAUAUCCUGCUUUUAGUAUAGGUUAGAUAUGAUCUAUCUAUAUUAUUAAAACACAGUCAUGUGUGAUAUUUUAAAAUGAACUUUCCUCUAGAAUGUUUAUCAAAUUUUACAUAAUUUGAUCAUUAUAUCUUAUUCUUUUAUUCAGAAUCAUUUUAAAUUUAUUUAGAAAAUUAAUUAAUUUAAAUUUUAACUAUCAUAAAAUAUAAUUAGAAUUUAAAAUUAAAUUUAUUUUUAUUUUAUGAACUAAAAUCAAAAUCAUAUAAAAUAUUUUGAUUAUAUUUUAAUGAUAAUAAAAAUUUAAAUUAAUUAAUUUUUCAGAAAUACAUUUUUAUAAAGAUCUUAGAAAUAUUUUGUUAGAAAGAAAUAUCCAUUUCUAUUUCAAAUUAAAUAAAAUAAAAAAUCUUAUCCAACUUUGUGUAUUUCAAGCAAUUUUUAAAUAAGAUUUUUACUACAAAAUUAUUUUGCAUGUACAAUAUAUUAUAGUUUCUUCUUAAUUUUUUUUUGUUGUUCAUAACAAUAUCUCAAAAUAUUUCUUCUCUAUUAUGUAGGUUCGGUUUAAUUUGACUUCCAUAUAUAUUUCAAACUUAGAACUAAAUUUAAAAAUUAUCUAAAAUAACAUUUUUUACAUAAUAAUGUUCUCAAAAUAAAUUUUGUUACAAAUUAUAGUAAUAACAAUAUAAGCCACUUAAAAAUAGACAUUAUAGAGUUAUAUAAUACAUAUAAAUUACAUUAAUUUAGUGAUAUAUUUUGUUAUAUAAACUAAAAUGUUUUAGUAUAA